AUUUCUACGGUUGGACAUUUAAAUUUAAACUUUUAAUAUGAAGUUAGUUUACGUUGUGACAUGCAUUCUGUUGCUAUUCCGUUCGGUGGAGUGUGAGAACAUGGAAAUUAUGGCAAUGUUUAUGGAAAAUUGUCAACAGAAAUUUCCUGUAACAGAUGAUGAGUUCAAUAUGAUUGUAACCGAUCAUACUUCUAACGUUCGGGCAAGUGACAAUCUUAAAUGUUACGCCAAGUGUAUGUUGGAACAUCGAGGAUGGGUCAUUGAAGAUGAUCUGGUAGAUGAUAUAUUUUUCACAAAUUAUUUCCAUCCAUCCGAAUUCGCAAAAUUUGAAAACAAGAUACCCCCAAUUGUAAAAGAAUGUCGGCUUUUGGUUAGUGCUGAUAAAUGCGAUAGGGUGUUUAGAGUUUACCACUGCUACAAAGAUAAAUUAGAGAAAAUUAUGUUUCCAUUGAAGAAACAUUAAAAUAA